AUCCACCAUGGCGCCCUCUAUGAGCGUAGCGGAGUACUACGCAAACAAGACAAUCUUCAUCACCGGCGCCACUGGCUUCAUGGGCAAGGUGCUGGUCGAGAAGCUGCUGCGGUCCUGCCCCGACCUGAAGAGGAUAUACAUGCUGAUGAGGGCGAAGAAGGGGCAGAGCAGCAGCGAAAGGCUUGAGGGGUUUUUGAAGUGCCGGAUAUUCGACCGCCUUCACGAAGUCAACCCCAAAUGCUUCGAGAAACUCCGCCUGGUCCCAGGAGACAUCCUGGCUGUCGGCAUGGGCAUCUCAGAGGAACACCGCCAAGAACUGAGGAGGGAGACGCAGAUCAUCUUCCACUGCGCCGCUUGCGUCAGGUUCGACAUGCCGCUUAAGGACGCUACGGACCUCAACACAGGCGGGACCCAGCGCGUCCUGGACCUUACCGACGGCAUGUCACAGCUCGAGGUAUUCGUCCACGUGUCCACAGCGUACUGCCGGUGCGAGCUCCCCGUGCUGGAGGAGCGGGUGUACGAGACCAAACACAAGCCGCAAGAAGUCAUGCAGUGCGUAGAAUGGAUGGACGACGACCUAAUCUCGCAUUUACAACCAAAACUGAUCGACCCCCAACCAAAUACCUACGCGUACACGAAAUCGCUGGCUGAAUCACUAGUAGCGCAGUACGAAGGAAAGUUUCCUAUCGCCAUCGCAAGGCCAUCUAUCGUGACAGCAGCCCACAAAGAGCCCAUGCCGGGCUGGGUGGACAACCUGAACGGGCCCACCGGCCUUUUAGUGGGCGCGGGCAAAGGAGUCAUUAGGACCAUGCACUGUAAGGACACGCUUAAGGCCGAUGUCAUCCCGGUGGACUUUGUCGUCAACGGCUGUAUAUUGGUGGCUUACAAGAUCGGCGUUCAUAAACCAAAAGAAGUACAAGUGGUGAAUCUGACUGAAUCAGGAAGGAAUCCCCUCACGUGGGGCGCGGCGCUCGACAUGGGUCGUAUCCACGUGCAAGAGUUCCCAUUCUCCGUGUGCCUGUGGUACCCUGGCGGCUCGCCGAAGUCCUCGCGACUGUUGCAUCAGAUCGCGCUGCUCUUCACCCACAUCAUACCGGCUUACCUCGUCGAUUUGUUGCUGAUGAUGCUGGGAAAGAAAACUUUCAUGGUCCAAGUCCAGAAGCGUAUCAGCUACGGUCUGGAGGUGCUGCAGUAUUACACGACGAAGGAGUGGCAUUUUAAAAAUGACAACUUUGUGGCUCUACGGGGUGUUAUAUCUAAGGAGGACGAUGAGACAUUCUACACGGAUGUUAAGAUGAUAAACUGGAGUUCAUACAUCCGCGACUACAUCUACGGCGCGCGCCAGUACUGCUGCAAGGAGGAUCCCUCUAGUCUGCCCCAGGCCAGAAAGCUGCAGAAACAAUUGUACUACCUAGACAGAGUCACAACUAUCAUCAUAUACUCGCUCUGCGCGUACUUCUUAUACUAUUAUGUUAAGAUGUUUGUAUCCGUUAUGUUUUAAAACGCUAUUUAUUGAAUGUUUUACUCGUGUAUUAAAUAAAUUAUUAGUAAU